GAAAUUUUACGUAAAAAAACGGACUACCAGCUGCCGAAAGAUGCGCGCACGUUGCUUAAGACAAGGCAAUGUGGAAAAGAAACGUACCCUAUAACAGGGGGAGAAUUUUGGUUCCCUGGGGUACGAUCGGUUCUCAAGGAUCACUUUCGGUAAGAAAGCAAUAGUCUUAAAUACGAUGAUUACUUUUUACUAAUAUUAUAUGUUUUUUGUCUGUAUUUUGUAUCUUUACAGCGAUGUGCCACCAAGAGUCAGCAAAUUUUCGUUGAACCUUUUCGAUUGAUGGACUUCCACUGCACAAGAGCACUGGAAAACAGUUUUGGCCCAUAUUAAUGAGCAUUCAAGAAAUGCUGGAAGUUCCAGUAUUGAUGGUUGGCAACUUUUUUGGUGAAUCGAAACCAAAGAGUGUUGAGGAAUAUCUGCGCCGCUUGUCGACGAGCUAAAUGGGUUGAUGGAUAAUGGCAUUGUAAUAGCCAAUAAGCCAAUCGAAAUACACGUAAGAGCUUUCAUCGCGGACUCACCAGCAAGAGCAUUCAUAAAAGGUUCAGUUUACUUCAACCACACACAUGGUUGCCAAAAAUGUACGGUACAAGGAAGAUAUCAUAGCGCACACCGAGUUACAUGUUUCCCGGGAAUGGAUCAUCCAGCAAGAACGCAUGAAGAUUUCGUCCAAUCAUAUUACGGAGCACAUCAUCGGGAAAAAACGCCUCUCAUGGAUCUUAAGAACUUUGACAUCAUAAAGCAGAUUAUUAUAGCAGAUCGUUUGCACCUCUUUGACUACGGCGUAACAAGAACAAUGCUGAAAGGAUGGAAAUCAGGCAAAUUAGGAGGGGGUGCCAAGUGGUCUGAAGAAACAAUAAGCAAGAUUGAUGCUUUGCUGAAGGAGGUGGAACUUCCUUUAGAGUUUCAUCGCAAACUCCGUUCUGUUGAAGACAUUGGAUUUUGGAAAGCUAGUGAGUUCCAAAUGUUUCUGCAUUACGCGAGCUUUAUAGUUUUGAAGGAUGUAUUAACAGAUGUACAGUAUGACCAUUUUAUGAAGUAUUACUGUGCGGUAACAUUGUUAUCAUCCGAAGUGUAUAAGAAUGAUUGGCUUGAGGCGAAACGCUUGCUAAGAGACUUCGUUUUAGAAUAUGGUGUUAUCUACGGCGAACAUUGCAUCACCAGCAACAUACAUAGUUUGUUGCAUGUGUAUGAUUUUUUUUUUUAUUCAGGAGUAACGGUCCAAAAAGGCCGUAUUGCUUAAGAGUAGAGCAUGUGUAUGAUGAUGUAUACACAUUCGGCCCGCUUUACACCAUUUUAUCUUAUCCCUUUGAAAGUAAGCUCCAGCAUGUCAAGAACUGUCUUCGAAACGGUCAUAAGGUUUUGGUGCAGGCUGCAAAUAGGAUAUCGGAGCAAAACCCACAUACUGCGUCAUCAAGUACAGCAAAUCUCUCUUUUCCAUUUUUGAAAACCAAAACUAAUGGAGUAGCAUUGCACAUUAAUCGACAAUUAAUUCGUUCUCCUGGUAUUCAGUCCAAUUGGUUUUUGACUCAUGAUAACUACAUAGUUUAAUAUUGUAGCGCAGAACAAAAAGAUUCAACGAUAAUAAUUAAUGGGAGAGCAUUCAAUUAUAUAACGGAAACUCACUCGUACUAUAUUUCACCUUUUAUGAAGGAUAUAUAUGAAGAAAAUAUAAGUAACCUUCGUACCGAUGAAAUGGUAUUUUUACCCAGGGAUAUAAAGUGUAAAUUAGUAGCUAUUAAAACUACUGAUAACUGCUUAGUGUUAGUUCCCUUUCUCAGGACGUUAACCGAAUAAAACAUAAAAAAUCGAUCUUAUAGAAACGUUAUUAACGUUUAAUUAUGUAAAUAAUUAA